GUACAGGAAAUUUUUCAAGCCGCAUAAACUCUACUGAAGUCAGCUGGAUUAUCCGUUUCAUAUCUCGCCGGUGAUGAUUUCAUUAAUAAUGUUGAAGAAUUCUUAUAGAAAGCCACCGGUCGCUGAAGGGACAAAUAUUCAUUGAAGGUUGCAGAAGAAAGGGAAAAGCAGAGUUAUUAUACUAGCUUAGGGAUCCAGGUUAAGAGUGAGCAGUACUAGAUAUCCAUACGGUGUCGAUCAAGCAUUUGUUGAUAACUACAUGCAUCGACGAACAGCAUUAAUUUUCAUGUGCCAAUGGCUUGACAGUACAUUUCUAAAUAUUACAAAUACACAAGCGCGUAAUUGCAUGUGACAUAUAAAUUAUAUGAGGGUUGCAUUGUGUGCGCAUUGAGAUUACCCUAACCUUACAUCAUGUUGGAAAAAACGUCCGCUCCGGAUAAUCAGUUAUCCAAGGAAGAUUAUUUAAUAAUGAGAGCCAAAGAGGCAUUGCCGGUUGACAUUUAUGCUGCCAAGUCGUGGCUGAUUACUGCGAGAUCUUUAUUUCCGCACAGUGCAAAAAUUCAGUUUGAAUCAUAUCGUAUCGAAAAAUUGUCAAAAAAUGUAAAAGAAGCAGCGAAAUGUUUUAGUGAAAUAUUCCAAAACUUCCCGGACGAUCGCGAGAUAUGGAAGGAGAUAGAAAUGGUAACAGCGUGUUUGCGCUCGGAGCAGUGCGACACCGAGGCGGAAUUCCUGUGUCAAAUGUUCCAACACAUACCGCAAGAUCUACAACACAGAUUACUUGUCAUGACAGCCGAUCACAGCGAGGAUACAAUGGAGCAUUGCAAAUUGCUGCUUCUGCUGUUACGUAGAUUUCCCCAGACCAUCGCGACUCAUGGACCACGUCUGGUGGAAACUCUGCUAACUGCUGAGAAGCAUAGCCAUCCAGGCCGCACUGUAAACGGUUUCAGGCGAUUGCUGGCGUGCGACGCGCUGCCGCUUCUCGGUGCCGCUCCGGUGGAGUUGAAUUCGCGCCUCAGUUUACGACUGCUCUACAAAGCUGUCGAGUUUUACCUGGCGUACAUACAGCAGCCGCAAGACGCGCAAAUUCAAAAUCCCUGGGAGAGGCUAUUCCAGAUUGUUGAAUUAAUAGGCAGCAAGUUGGGGUGGGAGCUGAGCAGCCUAUUCUCCACACCCUGGAGCCACGAGUCGUACAGCGAGAGGCUGCAGCAGUACGCGAUCGCGCACAGUACCGGUCUGUGUGAAGAGCCGAUUGUCCGGCAGUUGCUGAUAUGUACGAUUGUAGUGUUGUUGAGAAUAUUGAACGAGCACGCAGCACUCAUUAACAACGACGAGACGAUGUAUUGCCUCGUGGAGGCUUUCGGGGAGGCAACGCAUUCCUCUGCAGAAUCCAAAUUGAAGAAACGGAAACGGGAGGAGAGCACCGGAGUGAUAGUGACGAGCGACAGCGAGUACAACGGCGGUGGUCUACCCCUGGCAGUGAAGCUGUGGGAUCUGUUGCACAGCAGCGAUUUCCUGCAGAGGGAAAUAGGCAAGCUGAAUCAGCAGUUACGGCUUGAUAGCUGGUUGAACUCGUUCUUGACGGAUCUGGCUAUGUACAAAGGCCUACACCACGAAGUGCUGGCCAGGUUGCCGCAGGAAGCCAACAGUUUCUCUGCGAAUCUUCGUAUGGCCAGUACAUGCUUCUUUCUGAAAGAUUACAAGACAAUGUUGGAGUACAUCGUCCUAGUAGCAAGCUCGUUGCCCACCGCGUCGGGCAAAGUAUCCCACAAUUUGACGGUGCCAAGCGUAAGACACUUGCACUACUUGACGCUCGCCCGGUUUCCCAUCUUGCAGUACUGUUGCAGAUUGCUCCUUUUAGCUAUAAAAGAGAAUUUUUCCCUACCCGGAAGCGUUGGAGACUUGGCUAUAGGACAUGCGCUGGUUCUAAUGCAGAUAGAUUGGCCGCAAGAAGCCAGUACUUUGACCACGAUUACGGAACGGAUUCUCAAUCGCGGUAGUUUCGCUUAUCCAUUAUUCCAAGCGUACAUAAUAUGCGUUGAUAUCUUAGAAGAAUUAACGUAUAUAUGGACCGAUCACGGUGGCGGAGUGUCGCUGGAUAUAACUGCAAGCUCAGGAGUCGUGCAAAAUCGCCGUAUCACUACUCGUGGUGCUGAUAAAGGAGUGCGUGAGGAGGUGAAGCAGGCUAUGCGUCGACAAGCCGCGCGAGACGGUAUCGAUCCUCUGGAUGAAUUGUUACAGAAAUUUAUUGUCAACGAGAAAACGGCCAUUAUGCACAGUUUGAUUAUUUAGUGAUAUAGCUUCGUAUCUUAUCGUUUGUUAUCUGUGACUCGUUUACAAGACUCGUAUACGAUCAGAAUUUUUAUAUAAAAUUUUAUGAAAUUACUUUGACCCUCAGAAUUCAAUUUGUUCCUAGAUUUUUAUCUAGCGUCAACCAGCACACGUAACAUCUUGUAAUUUAUUGAUGAUUUUUCUUAUAAAAUAAUAUACAGUUUUUUAUGCAAU